AUCCUGCUCCGUCUCCCGCAGGUUGCUAUGGCUACAGGACAGGUGCUAUUUCAGCGUUUCUUCUAUACCAAGUCUUUUGUGAAGCAUUCCAUGGAGCACGUGUCAAUGGCCUGCGUUCAUCUGGCAUCCAAAAUCGAGGAGGCACCGAGACGCAUCAGGGAUGUAAUUAAUGUGUUCCAUCGUCUUCGACAUCUGCGAGAGAAAAAAAAGCCUGUACCUCUAAUACUGGAUCAAGAAUACGUGAACUUGAAGAACCAAAUUAUUAAGGCAGAAAGAAGAGUUCUAAAGGAGUUGGGAUUUUGCGUUCAUGUAAAGCAUCCUCAUAAGAUAAUCGUUAUGUACCUUCAGGUAUUAGAAUGUGAACGUAACCAACACCUGGUCCAGACCUCAUGGGUAGCCUCUGAGGGUAAGUGACUAAGACUUCUCCUCUGCUGCCCAAGCGCUAUGGUGCAGGGAUAGCUGCCGUCUUCAGUCAAACCAAAGCAGGCUCUACAAAGAGAAGGCUGACUCUAGACAGGUGGUAUGCACAUGAUAGUAUAGUAACUGGCCAACUGCUUCUUGUGCUUAAAGUUUAACUUAUUUUUAUCGUGUUUUUUUUUUUUUUGACUGUUGUAUGUUUUAUAACUUGGUUGUUGGUAUUUCGAAUGGUUUUUAAUAUUAAAUUUUUACAACUGUUUAAAAAAAAUGUAUUUUUAGAUGAUAAGAGCAAACAAACGUAGGAUUUAAUACAUCUCUAUAUGGUUUAACAGAAUAAAAAGCUGAAAUUUAGUUUCGAUUUGUAAAUGAGAGAAAUCAUGUGAUACUGAUUUAGGACUUGAAAAUCAAUACUCCAUAUUAUUUCCAGUACUGUUGCAUGUGGGUCCCUUCAACUUGUCGUAAUCUAUGAAGCAUUCAGAUGUCAAUUACAUAUUACUCAUUACCAGUUUUCUACUCUUUAUCAAAGGAAGGAGGGGUAAGUGAGGGGGAGGGAGGAAAUUACCCCAUUUGAGAAAUGUUUCUGAUGCUGCAAUGACACAUCUGUGUACUGAUGCUUGUAGGUUCCAGUACUUGAAAACAGGUGGAUAUCCAGUACAGUUGUUGCCUUUAUUUUUGCAGUGUGCAUUUUACAACUUUACCUUUUAAGACAUUGUGACAAGGAUUCAUUUCCUCACACACCUGAUUCUGAGCCCACACAGAAAGUUUACAGUGACCAAGGUGGAAGCAGUCAAGUUUUUCAACUUGGCAAGUUGAAAAGUGUAAAGUUCUAAUGUUUGGAGUACCACUAUUCUACUCUUACUUGCUAAGAGGUUUGUUUCCUCAUUUUAUUUUUAUGGUAUAAUAUGAGGGAAUUUUAAAGUUCUUUUCUUCUAAAAAGAUGAGUUGAUGGUUAUGACUGCUUGUCUGGGGCAGCAGUUGCUCUUGUCUAAAACAAGACAACCAGAGCAGGUGGGAGUUUGACAUCUAAAAGCUUCAGGUUCCUUUCAACUCUCCUAUGUAAAAUGGAUGCAGGUGUCUAGACUGUGGUCUCUGGUUUGGAUGUCUUGGAGGCUAGUGAAUCCUUGUAUAAUGGUACCCACAUAAUUAAUAACAACUACUUUCAAAAAGUUUACUACAUUGAGGAUUUUGUUUUCUGUUGUUUCCCCAUCUGAUACUUUGCUUGACAUAUGUGCUCAAAAAUCUAGAUCUUUUUAAGGGCUUCAACUGACAGAUUCAGAGGAAGUUACUUUGUAUUUAAGACUUUAGAAGAAUAAUUUUCAAGUGUACUGACUGGAAUAUUAUAUGCAAUAUUUUACAGUUUUCUCAUUCUGUGAAUAUUCAUUUUAAGCAACAUUGUUGAAAUUGGACAAUUUGGAAAUCGUGUUUCAUGUGCCAAGGAGGAGAUCUGCCUGAGUACUGAGUAUUCUCCUGAACUGAUGUUCCCAGAGACCUUUCAUCCAUGGCUGCUUUUUGCAUCGAGGAGAAUUCUGUUCAGGAUGGAAAACACUGCUUCCAAAGGAGAAUGGAUCCCUUAAAUCUACAGUGGAGGCUGGCAUGUGCUGAAGUGAACUUCAUUUUCAUGGGAUAACUGCCACAGGAGCUGCUGCUUUUCAAACCAUCUGGGCUCAGCCCUAUUGCAGAGAAACAUGUGAACCUAAAAGUCUGUAACUGAGUACUUCAGAUUAUAUUGUAUGUUGUCUUCAUGCAAAUCCUCUCUAGUGCAUGAGAGCAGGCCAGUAGAGAUCCAGAAGGAAAAGUGAAGUUAAAAAUGGUUCUCAUCUCACAGCUGAAUUUUCAGCAGCCAGUCAGUCAAGCUUAAUUUCUAUCACACAUCCCUCCCCUUGAGGGAUUUUCCCUUUUUUUAGUAAAAUCAUUCAAUUUUU